AUGGCUGGCGAGAGCUCGGGCGCGGUCGCCAAACUCCCAGGCGCCCUCACCUCGAUCAUCCAGUGCUUGCAGUCGGCACGCGACGUUGUCGUCUUUGUCCAGGCGCUGCCACCCGCGUCGCAGGACGCAUCGUUGGCGGCAGUCAAGGAGCUGCUGACGCGACCGGGCCCGUUGGCGUACACGUGGCCUGCGCUCCUUCUAGACGACAUUGACUGCGACGACGAUAGCACCGUGGCACUCUAUCAUGCGGCGCUUCCAGCUCUCGUGUCUGUCCGCGCCAAGGAACUCGAUUUGUUUGGGCGCUUUGUGCGUCCUCGAGGCGACGCCAAUACGCCAGCGCAAGGCUUUAUCGACUUUGUCUCGCAGUGGCCGCUCAAGAUGACGCACGUGGACGAGACCGUCGAGUUAAGCGCCGGUGAACACGCCCAAGACAUCCUCGCCGCUAUCACGACGCCAGCCCACCGCGUGCACACGCUUCUUCUUUCUGGGUCCAGCCCUGCGAUGAACUGGACCUCGCUGCUGCAGCCAUGGCUGUCGAGUGGCUACGCUCGACACGUGUCGUUCAACAAGGUUCCCACAACCGACUGCAGCGGACUGGCGCACGCACUCGCUACGACGAAGUCCCUUCGAGGUCUCAGUAUUGUCACCAACGACGAUAUACUCUGCGAGCUUCUUGAGUGGAAGCUGCCUCUACACCACAUCACGGAGCUGAAGCUGGCAACUCCAAACACCAAGGCCAUGCGUCAGCUCAUGCAGCUUGUCGACGUUACCAAGCUCACGUCCCUCGCACUGCAUUGUCAGUAUGAGAUCUCGGACGUCCUCGGCCUCAUACCGCGCAUGACGACCCUGCGCCAUCUCUCACUCCAGUGGGUCCACUUUGGGGAUACCGACACGUCGCAGUGGCCGGACCUUGAAAGCGUCGCUUUUGCGCUCGCUUCGCUGCCCUGA